CAUUUGUAUACAAACAGGAGUAUGACUUUUCAGUGAUAAGACAUAAAUUCACUUCGUAACCCACUGGAGCAGGUCGUGACGAUUGUCGCUGUUACUUGAAAGCGAGGCUGAGUUAUACCUGUUGGGAAGUUUUUCUGCACCCCUUGUUACAAUGGAGGCCGAUACGUAGGAAACAAAACUUGGGAUAUUUCGCUGACUAAAUUACCCUUUCGAAGUUAUAAAUAGAACUCUAAGAAUACCAGAAAGAGAGAGGGAGAACUAAAAAUGUCUAUAGGGUCGAUUUUGGGCGGGGUCCCGUCCUUAAAGAAGUUACAAGGAGCUAGUAAUGAUGAUUGGAUAGAUAGAUUAAAUCAUGUAUGGACAGUGUUCCUCUUCGCUCUUUUCGCCAUCGUGGUCAGUACAGGGCAGUUUGUGGGCGACCCCAUACACUGUUGGUGUCCAGCAGAAUUUACGGGAUCGUAUGUAGAUUAUGCUAAAUCCUACUGCUGGAUUAAAAACACGUAUUAUAUUCCUAUGCAGGAAGUAAUACCAACAGAUCAUGGUAAGAGAGAACAAGAAGAAAUCACCUAUUACCAAUGGGUUCCUUUAAUUCUUCUCUUCCAAGCUUUCAUGUUUAAAUUCCCCAAUAUAAUGUGGAGAGUUUUUAAUGGCGGAUCGGGUAUUAAUUUAGAUAAGGUUGUAGACAUGGCAGAGAAAACACAAAUGGGUUCACCAGACGACCGUAAGACCACCAUUGACCAUAUAUCUAAAUAUUUAGAUCGUUGGUUGGAAACUCACAGAGAAUACAAAUAUAACAUAAUAGUACGGGCUAAACAAAAGAUGGCGAGGAUCUGUUGUUUUUUCUGCAAUAAGCGUGCUGGUACCUAUCUGGUUGCCUUCUACCUUUUCGUGAAAGUCUUGUAUGUUGUGAAUGUCAUCGGCCAAUUUUUCCUCCUCAACGCCUUCCUGGCCUCGGAUUACAGUUUAUACGGAUUUGAAGUCAUGGAAAUGUUAGCCAACGAAGGAAGCUGGAAAGAGUCUCCAAGAUUCCCCCGAGUCACACUCUGCGACUUCCGCAUCCGACAAUUGCAGAACAUCCAACGUUGGACCGUGCAAUGUGUAUUGCCCAUUAAUCUUUUUAACGAGAAGAUCUUCAUCUUCAUUUGGUUCUGGUUGGUAAUCGUAGCCACUCUCAGCUGUAUCAACAUGUUGGCUUGGUUUUACAGAAUCGUUCUCAAGAGGAAUCGUGCCGCCUACAUCAAAAAAUAUUUGAAAAUCAACAACGAAUUACAUACGGCAUCCGACAAGAAGACCUGCGUUAAAUUCGCCGAUCAAUAUUUAAGAGAUGAUGGUGUGUUUGUGCUCCGAGUCAUUUCUAAAAAUUCAACUGAUUUGGUUGUAACAGACUUAGUACAAAAUAUGUGGAAUAUGUAUAAAAAGAAAACACGACCAACGGAACCCAACGAAUAUGAACCGAAUGAUUACCCCAGCGAAAAAGAGGCUCUAGCAAAUGAUAAUUAAAUGAUCAAUUUUGAGUAGAUAUGACUUUUAAAUGAAAAAAUACAUGGUGUACAAUGAAUUCUGCUGCACUUUUUAGGAAAAAAUAAAAAAAUUCGCUCAAGGGAGAAUAUGUGGAACAAAAAAACAUGGCCGCGAUUCGUUCUUAAAUAUGUACUAUUUUUAACGGCCAUUUUGUUUGUACAUGUAGUCAAUGUUUGUGUGUAGCUUUGACGGAUAUUGAAUGAGGAUCAUUGUUUAGUUUGUGUGUUUUUCGUUUGAUCUGCUUUUUCAGUUUGAAGAGACGGCCUCUCUCUUUCAAAAUACAAUUUCUAUUAGAUGGAAUAUCCUGUCUCUUUAAACAAAAAAGGUCCCAUAUUAUUGUGGGUCCCCGGACACUUAUCUCAAAAACUAUUUAAAUUUACUUUCCGGAAAAAAGCCAGAUCUCGAAAAACACAUCACCCAUAUUUAGUCAAGUAUGACAUCAUCUGAGUAUACACGAUCAAAAAAUUGUCUUUCUUAUUUCUGCUCAUUUCGUUUCACAUAAUCAAACCCAUCUUUAAUUUAAACAUUCCUUGUUUCUACUCAAUAUGUAGAAAUUGGCAUUUAUCAAAGAUAUUUUAAUAAUUGUAAAAACCAAAAUAGGGAACCAAUUAAAUUUAUCAUAUUGUUAACAGUGCCUUAAAAAAUCAAAUUUUGCCGCACAAACUCCCUUUUGUUUUAAUUAGCCCUUUGAUACAUUUUUUUUAGAAAGUGCCUUUAAUAUACUUUGUUUUUUAUGUAAUAAAAAUCAAAAUGAUCGUGUGACAUUUGACAAGGGACAUUUAUUUUUAUACUUUAUUUCUAGAAUUUGGCUGGGUUUUCCCUUUUUGAGCAUGUAAUAUAGAAUUAUCUUUUAUGCACAUAACGAUGGCGAGUACAUAGUGAAAAUUAAAUGGCUACAUGUUAAUAAAAUUAGAAAUAAUAUAUUACCUCAUCGUGAGCAUUUAAUAUUGACAUUUCUAGCCAAAAUAAAAGUAUAACUUUUUUUUACUAGCUACUUUUUAGUGGGUUUUUCAUUGUGAAAUUAACUUUUUAAAAACUAGUCAAUUAUCACAAAUCAAGAACAAUGCAUGUUUGUCACAUUCCAUGGCAUUCUACCAAUCAGUCUAAUUCCAGAUGGCAAUCUCUCGAGUAACGAAAAUACCGAUUGGUUCCGACUAGUGAGUGGAUUUGACGUGUGUUAAUUACAUGUAAAUCUGAUUUGAUCGAAAAACUAGAUAUACUGCAAGCAAAAACAAACAAAAAAACCAACAUAAUUUAACCGAGGACAAAUUAUGUCGUUAUAAAAACCAUCAUUCCUGUUUUAAAGGGUUAAGAUCAUUUUAACUGUUGGUAUAUGUAUAGCUGUAACUUAAUAAUCGUCAUUUUUAAAAUUUCACAGACAAAGCUCUCCAAGAGGUCACGUCUCUUAAUUCAUUUGGGAGAGGUAGGUCAAGCCAUCAUCCGACAUGGGCACAAGUUUAUAGAUUUAAUCUAAAACCAUAUUUUGUCGUUUGUUGAGUUAUUUAUCAAAUAUAUAAUAAAGUACAAUAAACUGUUUUUAAAAAGACAAAACUAAUUAUAACCUUUUAGUCCUUGUAUAUACUUGUAAAAGAUAGUGAUAGAUUGAUAGAUUAUAUUAUUAAAAUAUCGCGGUCAGUAGUGGUUACAGAUUUUAUGUUAAUAAUAAUGUAUAUUACUUAUACUUAGAUAUGCCUUACAAAGUUUGUAUAUGUAUCAUUUUCAAAAGUGCCUUCUUUAUAAUCAAAAUUCAAAUUCCCGUUAAAUUUAUUUUAAAAGAAGUUUAAUCUCAAAUUUUGUGAAUGUAUGAACGUUUAUAUUUUAUAAGAUAUAUUACUCUUGCUUGAAUUAUAUUAUUUUUGCUUAAGAAUUGACCACAUGUCACUUUUAAUGAUUUUAAUAUUAUUCAUAUUAAUGGCAGAAUUUUGAAAAAAAAUUCAACAUUUUAUUUUGUAUGAAUAAAAGUAACAAAUUUGUAAGUAUAUAUGUAUAGAAUAUUACUAAACAACGGUCACAUUGUCUUCCAAGAUACAGGUUUUCUCACAAAACUUGUGCUGUACAUAAUAUAUUAUCUUUCUGCGCGUUUAAAUUUUGUAAAGUGAUAUUUUUGAUGCAAUAAAGUUUAUAUAUUAGUUACUUUUAAAGUGUAUAAUUUCCAAAUAAAUAAAUAAAUGAUUAAAAAAUA